CAGACCAAUGGAACUUUUACAUGAUCCUGAACGGCAGCUCCACAAAUUCACAAUCCCAUGAGGUUUUGAUCGUGAGUCCUUUGUUUGAAGCUUCGUCAUUUGCCAUGUACUUUGCCUUCGAAUACCAUGUUGACGGAAAAGAUGAUGAACACCUAGAGCUACAGGGUUGGACUGAAGCCUCUGGCUGGACUCUGUUGUGGAAUCGUUCGAACAGACACCUGGGAUGGACACAUCCCAUAGUCUGGGUACCAAGGUUUACAAGAGCCUUUCGUUUCGUUGGGCACUUUGGUCGAAGCGUCGUUGGGUUCGAUUCCUUUUCCAUAGUGUCAGCCAUCAAUGACACUGAUGCCCUGAGUUGUGACUUUGAGAAAGACUUUUGUGAUUGGUCAAUGGGAGGAGACUUUGCAUGGACUGGCCCUUCUGAAGGCUAUGCCCACGUCGACACUUCUGAUCAUGCAGCAGCCCCAGGUGUAGUGGGAAUGCGCAAAGAGUUUGUCCUGGUGAGUCCCAUGUUCCCUGAAAGACCUUCCACGCAGAGCUGGAGAUACCUGAGCUUUGCGUAUGAGAUGUCAAGCGGCAACGUGUUCAGUCUCGAACUUCAAAGCUGGUCAUCCUCUUUGUCCUUUUGGCUUACAAUCUGGGGCCUCAAGGGUCAACAAGGUGUAGGAUGGCACAAUGCAAAGGUGCGGAUUCCAGAAAAUGCUGGGUGCUUGCGCUUUGUUGGCGUGACAGAUGGAAACGAGUGGGGUGGCGGCUUCGGCGCUAUUCUUAUGUCGAUUUCUAAUCUCUUCUCUUUCGAGGUGCCUGCAAGAGAGUUUGCAACCAUCUCAGUAGGCUCUGCUCAUGCUUGCCUGCUGUAUCAUGAUAGCGGGGAGUUGCGCUGCUUUGGUUAUAACGAUAUGGGACAGCUUGGACAAGGGCACAGGUCAAGUAUAGGCAAUGAGCCAGGAGAAAUCGCCAGCCUUCUACCAGUUGAUUUGGGUGAGAACAUGUCGGCCAAGCAGAUUACAGCUGGUGGAUACCACACCUGCGCUUUGCUUCAAGAUGACUCGGUGAAGUGCUUUGGUUGGGGCGUUCGCGGACAGCUUGGUUCAGGGUGGUUUACCCCGGUGGGUGAUUCGUCAGGAGACAUGGGCGCAAGUCUUCGCCCGAUCGACCUUGGCGAUGGCAUGCUUGCCACUCAAGUGGCGGCAGGCCGAAUGCAUACUUGUGUUCUGCUGCAGAAUCAUGCUGUCAAGUGCUUUGGAGAGAACGAACAUGGAGAGCUUGGUCAAGGACACCGCCAAAACAUAGGCUGGUUUGUUGGACAGAUGGGGGCAAACCUUCCAUCCAUUGAUUUGGGUGAUGGCAUGUGGGCCAAACAGAUCGCACCUGGUGACAAGUUUACCUGCGUGCUGCUUCAAGACAACUCAGUCAAGUGCUUUGGUCUAAAUUCUGCGGGCCACCUUGGUCAAGGAAGUUUUGAAGGUCAAAACAGAAGCAUCGGCGACGAGGUGGGCGAGAUGGGCUCAAAUCUUCCGGCAGUUGACCUUGGAAUCGGCGUGUUGGCAACUCAAAUUGCGACCGGCGGACAUGCCUGCGCACUGCUUCAAGACAACUCUGUCAAGUGCUUUGGAUCCAAUUACUUUGGACAGCUUGGCCAAGGACACACUUUAGAUAUAGGUGAUCAUCCAGGAGAAUUAGGUGCAAAUCUUCCACCAAUUGAUUUGGGCACAGGAAUGCGCGCCAAACAAAUCGCAGUUGGUGCGCUGCACACCUGUGUCUUACUACAGGACAGUUCAGUCAAAUGCUUCGGAUAUGGCGCAUAUGGACAGCUUGGCAAGGGAAAUACCCAAAACAUUGGUGAUGAACCUGGAGAGAUGGGAGACAACUUACCCGCCAUUGAUUUUGGAGAAGGAGAAGGAAGCUUGGCAGUAAGUAUUGCGGCUGGAGGACACAACACAUGUGUUCUAUUUCAAGAUGACUCGAUGAAGUGCUUCGGGCUCAACAGUGAAGGAGAGGCCGGCAUGGGACAUGACCGGAUGAUUGGUGAUGACAGCUGUGAAAUGAGCAGUCUUGCCCCGGUGCAAUUGGCUCCCCUCACUCCACGUCAGAUUGAUGAGUUGCGCUUGUCUGAAGGCGCUUUGCGGGGAAGGGUUGAAGUUUUGCAUGCUGGCGUUUGGGGCACCAUUUGUGAUGAUCGCUGGAGUGACGCAAACGCGCAGGUUCUGUGCCGGGAGCUUGGCAUGGCAGGAGGAGUUGCUCUUGAGCGCUUUGGAGGGGGCACUGGGCCAAUUCUCAUGGAUGGUGUGAAUUGUCAAGGUGGCGAAAUUGGACUUGCUCAAUGCGGUUUUCGGGGUUGGAUGGUGCAUGACUGUCAUCAUGGUGAAGAUGCCGGGGUAGAAUGCCAGUUGGAUGCAUGGACUCAGCUCUCUGGGUUGUCCGAAUCAACUGGUCGGCAAGGACAUUCAGCAGUAUGGGAUUCAUUCAGCAGUUCAAUGCUGAUCUUUGCAGGGCAAGCCCCAAAUCGCUUUGUCACCUACAAUGAUUUUUGGCAGUACGACUGGCCGAAACGUUCUUGGUUCCAACUGGCUUCCGGACCAACCGCAAGGACUGGCCAUUCGGCAGUGCUGGACUCUGAGUCCAGAUCUAUGCUUGUUUUCGGUGGUGAGUACCUGGAACAACACCUCGAUGAGCUUUGGAUGUACUCCUUGGAAAUGGACUCAUGGAACCUGCUGGCUUCAGGAAGCCUGGAAGGGCGUUCAAUGCAUUCGGCGGUUUGGGAUCAGAAGAAGAGGGCCAUGAUCAUUUUCGCUGGCCAAGGUGCCUCGCUCUUGGGAGAUUUGUGGCGCUACGGCCUAAAUGCAAGCACCUGGGUUGAGCUCAUCCCCCAAGGUCCCUUCCCACCUGCACGAAGUGAUCAUGCAGCCGUUUGGGAUGAAACAAGCUACUCGAUGUUCAUUCUUGGCGGAUGGGGUGGAAGCCUAGAGUUUCUGAAUGACCUUUGGAUCUACCGUUGGGAAGCUGACAUUUGGAUGCAGCUGUCACCCUACACGUCCGGGCCUACAACUCGGCGUGGUCAUGUGGCCGUUUGGGACCCCGUGUCGAAAUCCAUCCUUCUCCAUGCAGGCGCGGCCACAUUUGAGGCGACAUCGAAUUCAUCAGAGACCAGCUCACAUGGUGCUACCAGUUAUUAUUCUUCGGAACUCUGGAAUUACAGUACUUUGUCCAAUGUUUGGACACAGAUGGCCCUUGAUUCUGUUUCUGGUACUCCAAGUGGGCGGAUGGACCACGCUGCCGUUUGGGACCCAACCUCGCGUGGGAUGCUCGUCCUUGGUGGCUUCAAUGUUUCGUACCUGUUUGACCUUUGGAGAUAUGUGGCACUGCCUACCAACGCCAUCCACACCGCUGAAUGUGACCAAGGACAGAUCUGUACCGUGGAAAUGCGGGAGUUUGUGCCCGAAACAUUUAGAGGCACAUAUCGUGUUUGCUGGUGUCGCCCAGAUCCCGCAGCCCAGGUGGCGUGUGGACGACUAUCGUUCGCUGGCCGUCCAGUUACGAACAGUUUGCCCUCCAGGAACAUAUUCCAGCAACACUCCCUGUGCAGUUUGCCCAGCAGGUUUUUACUGUCCUGGAGGAGAAUUGCCUGAGAGACUGCCCUGCCCUACAGGAAGCACUUCACUGCAAGGUGCAACUUCCAUCCUAGAAUGCACCUGCCUCGCCAACUAUUUUUGGAGCGCAGUGCUCAGUUCUUGUUUAAAGUGCUCUCCAGGCCUAGGUUUUCUGCCCGAUGAAGCCACCUGUGUGCCUUGCAGCAAGGGGACCUAUUCUCCUGGUGGAUUGGCAGCUUGCGAGCCUUGCCCUGCAGGUCGAUACUCAGAC